AUGGCUAAUGCUAUUGGGUUCGCCAUUGGGGGGCUUACCAUGCUCCCUCUCCUCGAUGAAGCAUUUCCAAAUAGAAUCGCCAAGACCACAGUGGUCCGCAUUGGUGUAGGGACAUCCACAUCAGAAAAAACACAAGACAAAGACAGUCUAUCGGGCAAUAUUCCUGGGAUUCGAUUAUUUGAUGUUGCAGGCCGAUUGAUAUCGGAUAUAGAAGGUAGCAGCAAGAACAAGAUUGCGGACGGCAGUUGGGAAGAUAUCAAGCUUCCAGCCAGUGACAAUUUAGGAGGUAGACAAGCUCAGUAUAUCUCCGUUAUAUCUGGAGGUACUGAUGCUAUUUGUAUCUCUUAUGUUACUGUUACUUGGCCAGAUGGUCUGAAGGAAUCCUGGAUGGGUGACUGGGGACACUUUUGUGGCGGACCAUGGUAUCCGGCUCAGACAAUCUCCAAUAUUCAAGAUGACUAUACGCCAAAAUGCACAUGGAUUGACAGUGAUGGUAGUAAUGGAAUUGGCAUCAAGGGAUUAGGAAUUCACAUCACAGACUUCACACCAACAACUCAACGUCUUGCUGCAUACCAAAACGACACUUUCCUCGUAUGUGAUAGCAAGCCCCGCUUUUGGAUGUACAAUGAUAUCGACAUGGAUACAUGUUUACCAUAUUUCGACCCCAUUCUCAAAUUCAAACAAAAGACUCUUCUUGAUGUCGAUAGGGCAUUGGUCGUGGGUGUUGAGGGUAGCAAACUAGAUUGCAACCCCCUACCACCGGUUCCUUCUCCAGUACUCGGGGAACGAAGAAGCGAAAACAGCCCCUGUUCAUCAUGGAAGCCCAAUCAUCUGCCACGUAGCCAGGGACGAAUGACAAAUAGUUCAAUGGCAACCAACAGCACUUUUACUGGUCCUCGUUCGAACUCGUUUGUAGGAAGAUUAAUCAUGAGCAACCAUACUAGCCACAGUGCCAACGAGCUUUGCGCUAGUGAUACUUCUGUUGGUCCAGACUUCGUUUCCUACCAGGAAAGGGUAUACUGUGACAUGGAGAACAAGCAAGCUUAUCCACUUUGUCUCUCUGAUCACAGCAAUUCUACAACUGUCGAAGUUUGCUUUGAUAUCGAGAUUAGGAUCUUGGUGGAUCGCAAGCCUAUUGAUGCUCGAGAGAAGUCUCUUCCCAACAAAGAGUAUCAUACCGUCGAGGAUUGGUAG